AUGAACAAGGAUAUAGAAAAACAAAUCCCUUCAAAUACGGGAUCUGAGAGGCAUAUUUUGAAAAUUGAUGAGAAUAAGCUGAAUAAAGAGGAAAGCUUAGAAAUAGGGAAGGGCAGAGAGAUACGAUACUCUAUUCUUACCAAAGCAGAGAAGUAUGGGAUAUCAGUACUAUUAAGCUCGAAUGGUAUAUGGUCCAGUGUGUCACUGUCAAUUUUUUUCCCGGCCUUACCGUCUUUGACAAGGGAAUUCGACAUUACUCAAGAUGUAGCGAACUUGUCGAUUGUGGGAUACUUGAUAUUUCAGGGAAUUUCACCUACCAUAUUAGCAUUCUUUUCUGACACUUACGGCAGAAGACCAUGUAUUUUAUUUUGUGUGAUAGGUUACCUUGCAGUAUGCAUAGCUCUUUCGCAGACAAAUGUAUUUUGGUUGAUGGGGGUACUAAGGUGUGCUCAGGCUGCCGCUAUUGCACCUAUGGUUGCAAUAUCUACAGGAUCUGUAGGAGACUUUAGCAAAAUAUCAGAGAGAGGUAAAUUUGUGGGGUUAGUACAAGGAAUUCAACUAGUGGGACAGGGGUUUGGCGCAGUAAUAGGGGCUGCUCUUAUCAAUAGCUAUAGCUGGAGAGGAAUAUUCGUAUUUUUGGCAAUCGGUAGUGGAAGUGUGGCCAUUAUUAGUUUUAUUAUAUUACCAGAAACUAAUAGGGCUAUAGUAGGAAAUAUGUCUGUUCCAGCUAAAAGAAUGAUUAAUAAACUGCCUAUCGCUUCACUCCCCUGCUUCAAAGCGAGAUUGACCAAUGAUACUGAAACUUUGCUUACACGUAAUUUAUCAUUUAGUCUGAUACUUGUACCGUUCAAAAUAAUCAUCAGAAAAGAGGUAUUGGUAGCCUUGAUUCCUGCUGGGUUCCAAUAUACCGUGUGGACGAUGACUCUUACGUCUCUUUCAACAACUCUAGAAACGAAAUACAAGUACUCAAUGAUACACAUUGGAAUAUGUUAUAUUCCUUCUGGUAUUGCAACAGUAAUGGGAUCAAUAGUUGCAGGAAGAGUAUUAGAUUGGAAUUAUAAAAGAAGAAAAACUGCACACGAUGCUAAAUACGCUCAUUUGGACGAUAAUGAAAGACCUAUGUUUAAUAUCAGGAAAGUAAGAUUGGAACUCUGCGUAUUUACCACAGUAUCGUUAAUUUGUUUUUCAAUUAUAUUUGGAUGGUGUUUGCAAUAUAGGGUUAACAUUGCACCAAUAUUAAUAGCGGCAUUUGUAAUUUCGUUCUGCAGUGUCGCACAAUUAUCUGCAAUAACUACCUUACUUGUUGAUAUGUAUCCUGGUCAAGCAUCGGCCCUGACCAGCUGUGUUAACUUUGUCAGAUGUAUCCUAGCUGCGGUUGGUAUUGGUGUUUUGCAGAAUAUGGUUAACGCCAUGGGCGAAGGAGGGACAUACACAUUAAUGGCAGGCUUCUGCUUGAUAGCUGAAGCUGUGCUUUAUUAUACUGCAUAUCUUGCCAGGAAGAAACUGGAAGAGACAAGCAUAAAUUAG